UGGCUGCGGAGCCACAAGCUGGAUCCGGGCCUCAGGGGCUCCUCGCCCCUCCUCUGUCCCUGGAAUGCGCGCAGCCGCCAUCCGACUGCGGGAGCCAUUUUCAAGCAGGAGGCCUGGAGAGAGCAAUGUGGCGCUGAGAACUUCUGAACGGGGCUAAGGCCUCAGAUCCUGCAGGGUCAAAGACAAGCCUGGACCAGCCUCUCAUCGCAGAGUGGAAAGCCUUAAUUACCUUGAGCCUGGCGAGCAGUUUGGAAUUCUGCAUCACCAUCCCCAGAAGGAUGGCCAGUUUUGUGAAAUCACAAUAGAAGAAGACAUUGAUGAAACCAGAUCAAUGAAGAAGAAAGAGAAAAAGAAAAAAAUACAGCCUUCACCCACACCGCCACCCCCUCCACCAAAGAAAAAGAAGCUCCCUGACCAAGAACAGAAAGCCAUACAGAUCCAGGCCUGGUGGCAGGGCACCCUGGUGCGCAGGACAUUGCUGCAUGCGACACUCAGAGCAUGGAUCAUUCAGGAGUGGUGGAAGAUGACACUGGCAAAGCUGCUGGAAAAGAGGAAACGAGCAGCCCUAGAGUCCUACGCUCAGCAAGAACGGGCAGUGGUCAAGCUACAGUCCUUGGUCCGCAUGUGGCACAUACGCCAGCGAUAUUGCCGUUUGCUCCAUGCUGCCCACAUCAUUCAGCUGUAUUGGCGCUGGCAUAAUUGCCAUAGCCGUGGCUUUUUCCAGGGCAGCUAUGACCUCACAGCAUCCCAUCUGGGACUAGAACUCGAGAUUUUUCUGGGGUCACAGAUUUGUCAGAUUACAGACUGCAUCCCCUUCCCAAUAAAGAGCUACUCAGGUCUGCUCCAACUCUGUGUCACCAGAUCUCUGUCACAAGCUCCAGGAGGUCCUGUGUCAGCAAAGGGUCAGGGAAAAUGAUGGCAGAUACCGGGCAUGUCACGGUCCGCUCUGAGGAAGUGGCAGAGGUCAUCUGGGGUCCCUUGUGGAAAAGGAUUCUAACUACCAGGUUCUGGGUGAGGGGGAUCUGUAAUUGAUUAGCAAUGUCUGCCAUGGGUAGGAGAGUUGGGGAUGCAGGGCCACCAACUCCACCAACUCCAGGGAGACUCCUUCACACUGUGGUCCAUAUAAAUGGUACCUCCUAUAGUUAUGCCACAUGGAGGUUGUGUCCCCUGAUGCCCUUAAUUCUUCCAUGUCUUCCCAUUAAAUGUAGAACAAUUCAAAAAGCCCUCCCAUGGUCUAGAUAAGCCUGCAGGGUCUGGCCCUUACCACGUCGCCCUCUCCAUGUCCUCCUUGGCCCACCCUGCUAUUCAGACCUCCCCCGCACAUUCCCAUCUCAGCAGUUUGCACCUGCAGCCUCCUCUCCUUGGAUGCUCUUACCAGGUGGAGCUCCCCCUCCGUUCAGGUGUGUCUCCGUUCAGGUGCUCCACUCUCUCUCCUCAAGGAGACCUUCUUUGACCACCUUAUUGAAAUGCCUUCCCCACCUUACUGUACGCUCUAGCUCCUGACUCUGCUUUCCUCUUUUCAAAGUUCCCAUCACUACCCAAGGUUAUCUUGCCUCAUUUUCUAUUUUCUGUUGCCCCCACUAGAGGAUGAGCUUCAGGAGAAUAAGGACUCUGGGUUCAAAUCUGUGUUCCCAGAACCUAGGUCAGUAGGUUCUGUUUCUUCAUCUCUCUCCCUUUCCAAUAUGUUAUUGUAUGUAUAUUUUAGGUUUUGUAUAUCAUGUCAUUUUGUCAUCUUAAAAAAAAAAAAGUCCCUUUCUGGGUUGGGAGACACUGCCCCGCCCAGGUCUAGCCAGUUAGUUCUUAGAGAUAGCUAAGGACUCAUCCCAGAGCACGCCUUUCAUCUGCAAGCUAACCUAUUCAGGGAGGUACCUCCUUUCUCUCUGUCCUCUACACCCCAGAGGGCUGCAUUUCUCUGCCUUAAUUAUCCCAAGCCAGGUACUAGGCACCUGCCCACCCCCAACAGCUUAGGGGCCACAGAAAACACUCAAACCAGUCCAUUCUAAACUGUUACCCUUUCCUGCCUUGCCUUUCCUACUCCGACAUAGGCCAUGGGAAAAGUUUUUCCCUCAUCCUUGUCUUCUGCCACCUGACAAAAACCUGAUGACCCUGUGUGACAUGCGAUGACCUCUUCUUUGAGACAUUGAAGUAUAAUAAACUUUAUUUUGUGCUUCUA